GAUGAGAGGAUGAAGAUAAGUUCUCAUAUGUGUUAUAACUGCGCGAUGACGUACAAGUAUUUUGAGGACUAUGAGACGUCCCUUUCUGGAUUUGAAGCUGCUGAAUUACUGGAUCCUGAUCUUAAUGGUCUAGAGCAAGCAUUUAAUCUGUAUGAGAUUCUUGAGGGAAUAAACUCUUUCCUUCAGGAACUGAAUGGUUCUCCAACAUCAUCGCUUCCUACUGUUGAAUCGCUAGCAUCAUCACUUGCUUCUGUUGAUUUGAAUCCUACAUAUGAGAAAGCUACUGUGAACCGCCUAAUUGAAGGUCCUAAUCUAAGCAAAGCAGUCACAGGAAAAGUUCUGUUUUCAGUUAAGAAUCCGAGUGAAAUUCCAAUAUACUAUGUUGUCUGUGAUUCUGACCGCACAUGCUUUGUGAUUACUGUUUAUGGCGUACGCAGCACUGCAAUCAAAGAAGAAGAUCAGGUCACACUAUUGGAUCCUUUCUACCAUAUCUUUGAUUUUGAAUCGAGAGGAAAGCACUAUCAGUUCAAGUCACUGCGGAUGGAUUUCCUGGAACAACUUCGUGUGAAUGGAGAAAUUGUGUCUCCUGAACAUGUAAUUCAUAGAUCAAUGUACCCCCAACUCAAGGAAGCAUAAGGAGUCUGUUCUUCUUUUACAUGUGUGUGAGGUAACAAGAAUAAUGCUGCUGAUUGAUUCCACUGAGAUGGAUUUUCAUGUAAAUAGUGGUCAAGGAAACAAAACUUAUCAAAUUUGCUGAAUGCUCAUCAAACUUCUCACUAGUCAAGCAAUAUGCAUUUCAGAGCUGUGGUAUUGUCUUUUUCAUCUUCGUUUUGAUAGUUCGUGUGAUCUUGAGUCCUUGUCUAGGCUCUUUAGCUUAGAUAUGCUGAUAUGAGAUGAGCUUUUCUUCUUUCAUAUUAUUUGUUUGUAGUCUGUGAUUGGUGCGUUUCAAUUUGAGAUGAUCUUUUUGUCUAUGUAGAUGAUG